AUGACGCAAGCGAAGGCCUCCACGGCCGCUGCCCGGAAUCCCUCAUGUCCCUACUGCAGUGGCAGUGUCUUCCAGAAUGACGACCAGUUGUGGGAUCAUGUCGUCUCAGACCACUCCCCGACUCUGCUGGGCAUGGGAAUUGACCCUCAGAACCCUGGCCGAUUUCGAAAGGUUUUGAGAGACGAAGCUGCGCGGUUAUUGGCUGACCAGACUGCGCGAGAGUCGCACAUAUCAUCCGAGGCUACUGCAGGUGCUGAUUCCACGCCUGAUCUAAUGCAGCUGUCAUUAUUAGAGAUGAACGGCAGGUCUCAAUCACCUCCGGGGUCAAUAAAGCGGCCUGCUGGCUCUAAUAUCCAACCAUCUGAAUUACAGUCACGUGUGCCAAUCCGGGACACCAGGCGGACCAAGAAGGCAACUGGCUACGAGGACCCCGCCGGGCCUUACGUGGAGGACUUAGACUACUCAAGAACCCUCCCUCUCUCCAUUGACGCUGAUUCAUCUCCCCAACCUCAGUCCAAGUCCAAUGUACGCCCGAUCUCUCAAAAACAGCUAGCUUCCGAGGUUAAGUUGAUAUACGCGGGUCUGACCUUUUUCGAGACCAAAUGCAUUCACGUUGACUUGGUUCAGGCUUCUGUACUACCCGAUCCUGAUGGGGAUUGUAAUCUGAUGCCUGACCACUGGCAGGCAUUAAUGUCUCUGCAUAGGACCUUGUUGCAUGAAUAUCAUGACUUUUUCCUCGCUAGUCAGCACCCUUCUGCCUCUCCUGCACUUCGCCGUCUUGCAUCUAAGUACUCAAUGCCGGCAAGGAUGUGGAAGCACGGAGAUCUUAGUCGGUACCGCUUAGCCAUUGCGGACGAGGAUUUGCAAGAUCGUGAGACGUGGGCCGGAGUUGCACACUUCUGGUAUAGCAUGGCCGCUGAUAAGAGUCCAUACGUUGGUCGUCUAUAUCACCACCUUGCCAUCCUCGCUCACCCGAAUGCGCUACAGCAGCUCUACUACUAUUCCCGUUCUCUCACGUGUGUCGUUCCUUUCAUAAGCGCUCGGGAGUCAAUUCUUACGUUGCUUGAUCCUGUUCUUGGACGUUCCAGUGCCUCAUACACGCAUUCGCUGCCCAUUGAUACCAGCUUUAUCAGGGUUCACGGUAUUCUCUUUUGGAAGUUGUCGACUGACGCCUUUGAAGAGUCUAAGGAUGCUUUCCUAGGCCAGCUAGACAACCAUAUUGGGCGAGUAACGGCAAAGUGGAACGAGCAGGGUGUUUUCAUUGCUGUUACCAAUAUCGCUGGUUUCUUUGACUACGGCUCUCAAGACUCACCUUUAAGACUGAUUUAUCAGUCAUACGCUGAGAAGAUUGCCCACAAAUCUCAGAGACCGUCCAGUCCUUCGGAACAAGACUCCUUAAGUCGCUCGCCAUCUUCUUCUUCUGUAGGACCAAGACAACUCAGCUCGGACGAAACCUCGUCGCAACUGGCCAAAUUGUCUCACGAUGUCGCCUUUCAGUCCGCCUGUCGUCUUACAUUCUCCACCUUUGCUCUUGUUCUUGGGCGUAUUGGGGAUAAGAAUGUUCUUCCGCAUGUUCACGUCCUCCUUGCAUUCCUUUCCAGUCUCUCUACGCUUUCCAGUCUCUCUACGAUUCCAUCCAUCUCGGCCCUAGCCGACAACGCUCCUUGGGACAAAGUCGUUACCUUUCUUAACACGUUAUCGAAGUCCGAAGAGCCACUUGUUAAUGACGAUCUUUUCCCUUCAACGGAUAAAAGCGACAACGUGCCUCUGCCCGAGGAUUACCUUAUACGUGGGCAGGUGUGGAGCCAAUGGUAUUUCCCAGAGAGCUGGUUUGGUGGUGAACAUGAUGAGGAAAAACGUUCCCUUGAGCUCGCUUCAACGACAAAGGACAGAACCGAGCGGAUCCUACGCCUUGGUCACCAAAUUGCAAAUGUGAGGGAGAUUCAAGCCAAGGAGGAAAAGCUUAAGCUUGUAGAAAUACAAAACAAGAACCUCCAUGAGGGCUUUAAGGAGGAGAGGAAGAAGAGGCAGAGGCAACAGCCCCCUUUCAAGGCUCUGGCACGUGCAGAAGAUGGAUUUGCAGUUGUGUAUAGCCCCAAUAAGGUGCAGCAGGCACGUGACCUUCAAAAGAAAGAGGAGGAAGAGAAGCAACGUAUUUUAAAUGCUAAGGAUGCAAAGCUUCAAAAAGCUAUACAGAAGGAGGAAAAAGAGGCAGAGAGGCAGCUGCUAGGAGAGAGCCGAGCACAGAAGCUAUUCACAGCUACAUCUACAGCUUCAAAAAGCGAAAUUUGGUUGUGAUAGAUGAUGAGGAG